AUGGCCGAAUCUACAAUUUCAGUUCCAGGUGCACUGGCCGGCAGAACGUUAUCCGCUGUCUACCUGGCUGCUGCGGCGGCAGCGGCCGUGUGCCUCGGCGAGUACUAUUCGGGGGAAAGCGUGUCAUCAGCUUCCGAGGACUCGCGGUGGGACGGCGUGCUGGCCCUGGUCACUCGGUUUCAUCCGCUGAUGCUGCCAUUGCCCAUCACUUUGUGGAUACCGCCAUGUAUAGCAACGCCACUGGCCGUCGCCUUCAUGUUGUUCAUCUCCGGCAUCUACCUGAUCCACUGCAUUGCACUAAUUUACGCGCGCUACAAAUUGCACAAAAAGAUCAACUACUCCGGACGCGAGCCUGGCAUCUCGAUUAUCAAACCACUCGUCGGCGUCGACCACCACUUGGCGGCGAAUCUGGAGACGUUCUUCAAUAUUGACUAUCAUGAGUUCGAGCUGCUGUUUUGCGUGCACGAGAAGACGGACCCGGCGAUCCCCAUCGUUCAGCGGCUAAUGGUCAAGUACCCGUCGGUGAAGGCGCGGUUGUUCUACGGCGGCGAAGACGUUGGCCACAAUCCGAAGAUCAACAACAUGAUGCCGGCGUAUCGCGCUUCCUCAUACCCACUGGUGCUGAUCAGCGAUUGUGGCAUCCGGAUACAACCAGACUCGUUGCAAGACCUGGCGAGCAGCAUGACGGAGGGCGUCGGUCUCGUCACCCAGACCCCAUACAGCGUCGAUCGACAGGGACUUGGGCCGGCGCUGGAAAAGGUCUAUUUCGGAACCGGCCACGCUCGAAUCUACCUGGCCGGCAAUUGCUUGGGCUUUGUGUGCAGCACGGGCAUGAGUUGUCUGUUGCGCAAGCGGGCGCUCGAGGAAUGUGGCGGGCUUCAGGCAUUCGGGCGCUACCUGGCCGAGGACUACUUCUUUGGGACGGAGCUCGUCAAGAGAAAUUGGAAAACCCGGAUCGCCUCCCUGCCGGCCAUGCAAAAUGCAGCUGAAGUGACCCCGCAAAAGUUCUCGGCUCGUAUCUGUCGCUGGAUGAAGCUGCGCGUUGCCAUGCUCCCACACACCAUCAUCCUCGAACCGAUACAAGACUGCCUCCUCUCCGGCCUCCUCGCUGCCCUAUCGGCGUCGCACCUCUUCGGCGCGAACCCGUGGCUCUACUUUGCGAUCCACAUGGUCUUCUGGUUCACCAUGGAUUACUUGUUGAUGGUUACUUUACAGAAUGGCCCUCUCCCCUAUCGGUUGUUGGAGCUGAUGCAAAUUUGGCUGCUACGUGAGGUGUCCGCCUUCCCGACGUACCUUCGCGCACUGUGCCAGCCGGACAUUGAGUGGCGUCGCGGCGUCUACCGGUUGCGAUGGGGCGGCCUCAUCUACCGGGUCAAGAAUGGGCUCACGUCUCUAGUCGAAUGCGUCGUUCCGCUGAAAUAUCCUCCGCCUACGGUCCAUCUU